GAAGCGAGCAAAGUUUCGCACAUUUGACUACAAAAUCUGGUUUUCUGCAGUGGUUUGCCAUAUCUUCUAGAACAAAAAAAAAAACCAACAAUCUUAACCUGCGUGUGAGGAACGGAAGUGGAUGCUGCGAAUGUUUUUCCAUUCGCAAAAUCCUCAUGCUGGGAAGCUGGUUAAUGUUCGCUUUUCUCUUUUUCGAAGUCCCACAUAAUGGAAGGGCAACUGAAACAAGGGAAUGUUUCUGGGAAACGAAAGCAUAUACGUCUCGGCGUAUGCGGUACUACGUUCCGAAUGUCAUAGCUUCUGGGAAGAAUAUGGCUGACAUGCGAUUUUGGCGUCAUUUCGUAUGUAUGUACGCAUUAAUGUACCUUUCUGUUUGUGAAAUGGUUUUAUCACAAUCCAAUUGUGAAAACGUCCAUGUAAACAACACGCAAAGGGAUGUUUUCUCAAAUCUAUUCCAGCGUAUGGAGACGUAGUGGCUACAUGCGCAUAUAACGCGAUCAUUCAAUCGGUACCAAGAAAUAAGCACAGAAGCAGCAACAAACGCACAGAAACCAUCCAAUCGGUUCAAUCGGUUCCGAGAUAUAAGCAUAAGCUAUGCCAUACAGCAAAUAGAAGACAGAUUAACAAACAGAGAUCAGAUUAUGGGAAUUUAGACAUAGAUCUAAACUAACAUAGAAGUCUAAAUCUUUGCCAUCGCAAGAUGACGAGCAAAAAUGAACAUUUCCCUAAAUAUAAAAAGGUAAAAGUAAAUGGAGGGUUAAAUACCUUUUUUCUAGCAUGGUCGAUGUAACGAAAUUGAAAAUGGUGUAAUGCCGAUCAAGCAACUUUUCGCACAAAAGUUUAUCACUUCCUUCUGGCAGUACAGCACGACUUUAAGCGUUUAUCAUCGUCGAUGGUAAUGUUUAUCGCAGUACAAUAAUUUAAUAUUAUUUUUCUUUCAAAAUUCAUCUGUUUUUAGGACCGUAACCGGCUUUAUAAAAAAACCAUUCGUAUUAUGAUUCUCCCUUCAUUUAAUAUUUAUCUGGCACCAGAUCUUUGAAGCUCUUUCCCGGCUUUUAUUGUGCUUCGAGUGCAUCAAAAUUGUUGCGAUCGUCGUGCAUCUAAUACACAAGAUGUUGUCUAGAGUGAACUAGAAAAGAGUUGGAUUAUAAAUUAAAUAACGUUAUCAUGUACACAACACAAAACAAUCGAUUGUAAAUAGAAAGAUAAAACAAGAUUUUCCAUACGAUAGAGGUUCUUCCUCAUUUUGUGAUUUGACUGCUUUGACUGCAGAUUAUUCAGCAUUGAGCAAACACAGGGAUAAAAAUAACGACCUUUUGCUAGUCGAUUAAUGUUUAACAGUGGUGUGGAAAAUCUUGUUUGCAUAUUUCCUUGGCGAGCUUUUUUUUUCUUCGCAAAAUAGAAGUUUCUCCGUUUCGCGCCAAUUUGCUAAAUGUUCGGAUAUCAAUGUAGGUAAAAUCACACGCCGGAAGCAGGAAGAAAGGGCCAAUCUAAGGAUCGUAAUGACUGCGAGUAAAUCAUACAUUACGCUCGCUUGGUGAAUAGCGUGAUUACACUAGCGUCAACCUGGGGUGGGUCGACCUGGCUGACACUAAACACGUCGCUACCACUGCGCGGGUUGGAUUCUUCAGUGCUAAUGCAACGUAAAGGCGCACUUUGGCCGAUCCUAUCCCAUCCCUUCUCUCUUAAUGGCUCAUAUGUCUGGAGCAGGGCAAACGGAGCCGGUAAAGUAUGUAUCAGCGCCUGGUAAUAGUAUAACUAAAUUUAAACAAAAAAAAAGGAAAAACAUACAAACAAACCAAAAACAUAGGCGACAGAUCCUUCUCUCACUCUCACCAUUCACCCACUCCACCCUCCUCCCCCCAUAUGGAGAAGUUCCGUUUCGAAUACCAUUCGAGGGGAAGCAUCGUUCUGGACGGGGUGAUUGUCGGGGUGUGUGAGGCCAGCGUGUCGAGGUCUGGUAAUGUGACCCAGUCUGACCCGGUCUGCAUAAUCGCGCUGUUCGCCUGCAGAGGACGGCCACACCGGUGGCAGGCAACCAUUUAUAGGCGCGGUGCCAGCAGGAAGAGUGAAACGGGAUACGCCCCCGGGGACGUUACUGGCGGAACUACUGGUGCGUAAUGCCCAGAACUCUGGUAGUACCGGUAUGCUGGGUGGGUGAGAUAGCAGCAGGAUGUACGAUGCGUAUUCAUCCCAAAAACCCUUGAAUAGUGCAUUAUGGCCUGUACGAGCUGUUCUCCAUCAACCGUGCGUUUGCUACCAGCAAAUGCACACAUACACACAGAUAUCGUGCGCUUAUUGUGCCAGCAAGGUUAGCUUUUCACUGUCCCCCCGGUUGUAUUCCAGCAUCGUGUGCGCAUGCGCUGCCAUAAUUGGGUGCGUGCGACGGGCAAACCCUGAACAACGGCAAUUCCAGAACAGGAAUUCCUCUUCGUUUGUUGCUUUCCAUCGGAAUUUAUAAUAUUUAGAAUAUUAACAAAACAAAAAAAGAAAAGAAAAGAAAAAACAUUUAAAAACACACAGAUGAGCUACAUCUAACAUAGGAUGUGCACCUAAGCGCAAUUUGGCAAUCUGCCGGCACAAAUUGAGGAGCCGAACCAAACCGCCAAAGGCGUGGACACCAAGAUGGACGUAGGACAGCAGCAACAGCAACGGUCGCAUGAUUCGUUCAGUGGUGGUGAGGGUAGCGAUACCGCCCAGGAUGGCACUAGCAGUAUCCGUGGAAGUGCUAAAGAGUCGCGCUAUUUCAUUAAGAAACCACUGAACGCACUAGAACGCAAGAAAAGUGAAAAGGAACGGAAAGCUCGCCAGCUGCGUCGGCUUCGCAAAUAUUUAAUGCCGAAAAAUGCGAUCGUUGCACUGCACGAACUGCAAGGUCCACGUAUGGCCGAGUUUACCGUCAACACGAACGGCCAAGAGACGAAGGCAGAAAUCGUUAUUAACAACAUCAAGUACGAGGCAACCGCACCGAACAAAAAUCUAGCGAAGGCGAAAGCCUCGGAAAAGGCACUGCGUGAUCUGAUCUUUGCGCAGAUGACACGCCUGAAGCAGCAGCGAACACAGCUAAAGCAGCCGCCGACGGCACCGGUAGCACCUACCGUUGCCGCCUCCACCGUCAAGAUGGACACCGAAGACACGCAGGUUGAUUCGAUCGAAUCGAUGGAUUGUCUGGAAACGGAGGACCUACCGAUGGAACAUCUUGCCUCGUUUGCACUGCACAAACUCUUCACCCAGUGGGAGGCGGAAGGGUUCGAGGUGCCAUUCAUCAAAACGUCCCGGGCAAAGGCAACCGCCCCGGCAACGGUAACGGCUGAGAAUGGUGCCAGCACGUCGAUCAUGCCAAAGGUAACGAAAACUGUCGCCGAUCUCCCAGGGAAUGCAUCCUCGCGCCAUCCGACCGCACUGUUUGCAUUGAUGCGGCCACAGAUUUCUUACGAAGAUCUCGGUUCAAACAACGACCAGCUGAACCGUGAAUUUGAAGCCGGCUUAAAGUCGGACGGACACUAUUUUGUCGGCAAGGGCCGUUCGAAGAAGCUGGCCCGUAAGGCAGCGGCUAUCCUUGCCUGUAAGGAACUGUUCGGUGUCGUCUUCGACGAGAGUGUGCUGAACGGCUAGAGCGGACGUAAAAACCAUCCCACCCGCCCCCCAAAAACGAUGACUGGUUCCCAUACAUUCGAGUAGAUGUAUAUUUAAUUAGCGUCGAUAUCCGUGUAACACCGAGAAAAGAUCGGUGAUGAAAUUGGCUGGAUCUGAACCGUAACAUGUGACGCAUACAGGAUAGUUUAUUUUAUAUUUCCGCCACCUAUCCUUUAAAGUGAUUUGAACCAGUCUAGACGUUUCAAUUUAACUUUUACGGCAACUUUUAAGGCAAAAGUUUGACUUAACAAUAUGUUUUUUUUUAUUUUCCAAAUAUUUCUUUCAUUGACACACAUUUUUUUUGUACUUUCAUCAUAAUGAAUCUUUUUCUAAUUUUUUUUUUGUGUAAAAGAACAACUAAAAAUUAUGCGCAGCGUUCACAUUCGUAGAGAACGUAAUAAACGGAGGAACAACAGAAAACAAACAAACAAAAAACCAUCCAAUCGAAAUACUAUUCCAAAUGAUAAAUAUCGCUGUAAGAUAGCUAAUUAUAUUGAACCGCUACGAUGUUGUACUAAA